GUGUGACGGCAAAGAGGGACGUGGAUGAAGACGGCAGAGUCAGGGAUGAACAAACAGAAGUCAAGCUGAACAUCCGAGUGGUUGUUCUUCCAAUACCUGAAAUAAAAGCUGGGAGACAGAAGACAUCAAAGGAUAUCACAGAACUACAGACUACAAGUCACUGUCACAGCCCUGCCUCAGGACACAGGGAAGAAAGUGCCUUUCUGUCAAGGGAAGAAAGUGCCUUUCUGUCGGUCCACAGGAGUAUCAACAGACGUUUGACCAUGAAAGGCAUGCAUGUGUGUUUAUGCCUGGCUCUGCUGCUGCCUUGGUGUGUCCAGAGCCAGAGGAGCAGCCCUGCCAGUGCCAAACUGAGUGAAGACACAGAGAGGGACAUGCUGGCAGUCGACAUCCUAGGCCGUGGUGGUGUGUUGAACUCAUUGCUUUGGCCAGAGUAUCGCUCUGUACUCCGACAAGCACGAGCCCCACGCCCAGCGUCCCAGGUCCCAAAGAGAGCCCAGCAGGGGUCACGAUUUGCCCUGUCCCUCGACGUUCCCACCAGCAUCCUCAGCGUUCUCAUAGACCUGGCCAAGAACCAGGACAUGAGAACCAAGGCAGCAGCCAAUGCAGAACUGAUGGCACGCAUCGGCAAGAGGAAAUGAGGCCUGGGGUCACUGGGAACAGUCAGGGGUUCGAUGGAGAAAAUCUCCCAUCACAGCGGAGUUAACUUUCCACCUUGUGACACUGACACCUGAUUAGAAACAAUGUUAGUGCAACAAAUAGAGUCAUAGCAGUCAGAGUCUGUCCCUUAGAGUUUAGUUUUAUAUUUCUAUAAAAUUAUUUAUUACAUCAUUCAGCAUCACUCUGUCACUCUAUGAACUGCCUCUUGAGGUACAAUGAAUUAGGAAGGAUGAUAUAUAAAUGAUGCCAACAAAAUGUCACUGAAAACAACGGAAGAUGAAGCUGGUCUUUUGUCUCUGCAGCAGUGAGCAUAAAAAAUGGGACAGAAUACAUGAAAAUUAUCAUCAUGAUUUGAAAUGUAUUUGUUGUGUUUGUAUGUGUCAUCUUGAAU